AUGUUCAAUGUUGGGGAUAGGGCGGGAUGGGAGCGCAUGGUCACAAUGAAGCGCAACCCUAUCCAUGUUCGGGGACAGCGAAGACGGAUCCACCAAUACCUGGGUUCAGCUAAUGCCCUCUCAUCGUUCUACACUCAGCAGGAUAUUGAAGCUCGGCGAUUUCUUCUUCGGGCUCUCCAAUCCCCUGAAAGACUCCCUCACGGCCGUGAUCCUCUUGUUGACCUUGCGGAUACAUCGACCGAGCAAUUCGGAAAAGCACAUACGCCAGGAACAUGGCUUGUGGAUAGUUUCCCUCUAUUGAAAUAUCUUCCACCCUGGGUGCCCGGAGCUGGCUUUCAAACUACAGCCCGCGAAUGGAGAUCCACAUUGGAUAAACUGACUGGGAAACCGUACGCGUUCGUCCAACAACAAAUAAAGAACCGGACGUUCCAGCCAUCCUACGUUUCCAAGCAACUCACUCAGGCGGAACCCGACCUCAGUCCAGAGGAGGAAACGGAAAUCAAAUGGUCGGCAGCGACACUCUACGGAGCUGGUGCAGAUACGACGGUAUCCGCUUUAUCAUCCUUUUUCCUAGCCAUGGCCCUCUUCCCUGCCGUGCAGACCAAAGCGCAAGAAGAACUCGACCGCGCUGUAGGGACCAGUCUCCCCACAACAGAAGAUCGCGCAAACCUGCCAUAUACCAACGCAGUCAUCAAAGAAGUCCUCCGGUGGAAUCCUGUUACUCCUCUUGGCGUUGCACAUGCUUGUACGAAGGAAGAUGUAUAUGAAGGAUAUCGGAUAUCAAGGGAUGCAACCAUCAUCCCAAAUAUAUGGGCUUUUCUACAUGACCCAAAAGUCUACUCAGAUCCGAUGACAUUCAACCCCGAGAGAUUUCUGGACACGGAGACCCAUCACGCAGAGAAUGAUCCCCAUAACCUUGCCUUUGGAUUUGGUCGUAGAAUAUGUCCCGGUCGUGGGUUUGCUGACUCCACCAUAUUCCUUACUGUCGUGCGGUCGUUGCAGGCUUUCCGGAUUGGUAAGCUUGUCAAGGAUGGAAGGGAGAUCGAACCCGCUGUGGAUUAUCUGCCUGGAGUAAUCAGCCACCCUAAGGCUUAUGAAAUCUCCAUGACACCAAGGAGUAAAGAGCAUGAAUUGUUUAUUCGUUCCAUUGAGAUAGAGCACCCGUGGGAGAAGGGGGAUAUCGUCAUUGUUUGA